CUUUGAUGUGGAAAAUGGAUUAUCAGUGGGCCGCAGCCCCAUGGAUACCCAGGCCAGUCCUGUUUCAGGUUUGGUCCUGCAGGCCAAUUUCCCUCACAGUCAGCGGCGAGAGUCCUUUCUUUACCGCUCUGACUCCGACUUUGACCUUUCCCCUAAAGGCCCCUCCAGAAACUCCGCAACCCCUAGUGAUCUGGAAGAAAGUUUGAAGCACUGGGAGGUCAACUGGUUGUCAUCUCGACAUUCAGAAGACAUGAUUGUUACACCUUUUGCACAGGUCCUUGCCAGUCUGAGGACAGUCCGAACUAACUUUGCCAUCAUAACUGGUCAGCAAGAUCGGACAGCCAGCAAAACGCGAUCCUCAGGCAGUAACCCACCAUCAAUGUCCAAAACCAGCCUUGCAGAGGAGCCGCACCAACAACUAUCCAUGGAGACACUAGAUGAGCUGGACUGGUGUUUGGAGCAACUGGAGACACUGAAAACUCGACACUCUGUCAGCGAGAUGGCUUCCAACAAAUUCAAGAGAAUGCUUAACCGGGAGCUCACCCAGCUGUCAGAAACCAGUCGUUCUGGGAACCAGCCGCAUGAUAUGGACAUCAUGUCUCCCCCAACCAAGGACAAAGACAAAACGAAUCGACCCAUGUCCCAGAUCAGUGGUGUGAAAAAGGCUACCCACGGUCUUGUCCCUUCCACAAUACCUCGCUUUGGGGUUGAUGCUACUCAGGAAGGACUCCUGGCCAAGGAGCUUGAGGACAUAAACAGAUGGGGUAUUGACAUCUUUAAGGUCUCAGAGUAUUCGGGGCGUCGCCCUUUGACAGUCACAAUGUACACCAUCUUUCAGGAACGUGACUUGCUCAAGUCGUUCAAGAUUCCAGUUGAUGUUUUUAUCAAUUUUAUGAUGACAUUAGAGGAUCAUUACCGUGUUGAUGUGGCUUACCACAACAACAUCCAUGCUGCAGACGUGGUCCAGUCUACACAUGUAUUGCUGUCCACACCUGCACUGGAGGCUGUGUUUACUGAUCUGGAGAUCCUCGCUGCUCUAUUCGCCAGCGCCAUCCAUGAUGUGGAUCACCCUGGAGUUUCCAACCAGUUUCUUAUCAACACAAAUUCAGAGCUGGCCUUGAUGUACAAUGACAUGUCAGUGCUAGAGAAUCAUCAUCUGGCUGUAGGCUUCAAACUUCUGCAGGAAGAUGAAUGUGACAUAUUUGAGAACCUGAGCAAAAAACAAAGGCAAUCGCUACGGAAAUUGGUCAUUGACAUGGUGCUGGCCACAGAUAUGUCUAAGCACAUGAACCUUCUGGCAGACUUAAAAACCAUGGUGGAGACAAAGAAAGUCACUAGUCUAGGUGUCCUGCUGCUGGACAAUUACUCAGAUCGCAUACAGGUUCUUCAGAAUAUGGUACACUGUGCUGACCUGAGUAACCCUACCAAGCCUCUUGAAUUGUACCGAAAGUGGACAGAUCGCAUUAUGGUGGAGUUUUUUACACAGGGAGACAGGGAAAGAGAAAAGAGAAUGGAGAUCAGCCCCAUGUGUGACAAACAAAAUGCCUCCAUAGAAAAGAACCAGGUGGGUUUUAUUGACUACAUUGUUCAUCCUCUGUGGGAGACAUGGGCUGACCUGGUGCACCCAGAUGCUCAGGAGAUCUUGGAUACACUGGAGGAUAAUAGAGAGUGGUACCAGAGCAUGAUUCCCCACAGUCCUUCACCCCAUCCACAGGACCAGAAGGCGGAAUCCGUUCUUGGGGAAGCCUCAGCUUCUGGUGGGGGCAGUGUUUUUGCUUCAGCUGACAAAUUUCAGUUUGUUCUGACUUUGGAUGAAAAAGGCGAGUCUGAUACAGGGAGUUCUCCUGAGGAAGAACAGAGCAACAGCAGAAGUAAGGGAUACGAACUUUGCAGGGCUGGAUUUGAUCCAGUACCUGUUAAGACACGACGAAAUAACAAAAUAUUUACCAGUGACUCAGGCAGGACGUUUUCUUUUGACUCUGAAAAUGAUAUGGCAGAAAACAGAGAGACAGAACAAGAAGGUAUUUCUGAGGUACCACGCUUCAGGCUUGGAACCUAGCACCACUCAAAGUUAUUUUCCUCUUGGCCUUGUUUUUUUUUUUUUAUCUUGACUGAAUUCAGUGCCUCACUUCUGUGUAUACCUUUCUCACUCCUUGUAGACACCAACACCUAUCAUUUUACCUAAACAAAAUUAGAACAAGACUUUGGAUGUGGUGUGAGAGUGCAGUUGGGUGUGGCUUUACACAGCGGUCCGUUGCCCUGGAGAAAGAUAGACAAGACUAAGUCACUAUUCCACAGAGGACAAAAGACAAGUUUCUGAUUUGUUGAAAAGUCAUCAGUCUUCUUUCUCUUAUAUCUCUUCAGCUUUAGUUAAAACGAAGAUAAACAGUAUAAAAACUUGUUUUUCUAGCACUUGAGAAGAAACUGAGGAGGUGUAGUAACUGAGCAGUUAUUUUAGGCAUUUAGACACACUUGGAAAUAACAAGGACGAUACCAUCAUGUCUGCCUCUUUAUUUGUCUUUUGUAUAGAUUAAUACAUAUACUACAUGAAGAUAAGUUGAUCCAAAAGACUUGAAAAAAAGCUUAAGCAAAGUCAAGGCUGAAAAGAACAAUACAUAAUUUUAUGUAGAAAACUUUAAUGUAGCAGUUAAUUUGAGUGAAUCUGUCACUGCAUAAGUACACACAUCCUCCUUUCCUUAUUGUUGCACAGCUCAUUUGUAUGUUUUCAGAUGGCAGUUUUUUUAAGUUUAAAUAUGAGAGUAAAGAAUGACCUUGUAUAACAUUACAUUUAGAUAUAUUUAGUUGUUUCAGAUGUAUUAUUACUACUGCAUUGUAACCAACAAAUCUGAGCCAGAAUAAGUGCAGUUCAAGAGCCACAACCAAAGCAGUCCAGACUGUUCAUGCAGUGCCUCCCAGUGUCUGCAAAUGGAACAAAAGUUGUUUUUGUUUUACUGACGCAAAAGAUUUGUAGAGUUUUGGCUUAGAUUUUCUAUUACAGUAGUCUUUCUACUUAAAAUUUCCAUCAGUUUUGUUGCUGUUUUUUUUCUUUUUGAAAUUCUUUUUUCAAGCCACAUUUUGAAUUCUUGUCAUUUGGCCUCAUUUUCAUCAGACUGUCUUUAAGCUGAGGAUCAAUUAUCUCUGUUUUUUAAGGCCUUGACUUAAUAUAUGAACACACUGAGAGCUCCUGAUAAUUAAAAAAACUAAACUACAUGGUACAGCUUCAGGUACGUUUAUAUGCAAAUCCUUCUCUAAGAUUUAUAAUCCAGCGUCUGUGACAUUGUCUUUUCUUUUGAACAUUCAGUCAUAUACAUUUUUGACUGAUAAUGGUAAUGUUGUAGGAGCAAAAGAGUACAGAAAAAGUUUUUAGCAUCACCAUAACUGUAAAAACCCAAACAUUAUGGCCUGUGCCAGAAUCGUUCCUGUUUUUUCUCUCAUUGAUCAAUAUUAUGCUCUUCACAGGGACACAGUCAAUGAAAAUGCAAGUGCCAAAGAAGCAUAACACAACCAGUACUGUAAUUUCCAUUUUGCCACUGGCUACUUUCCAUUACUAACUGAUAAAGUUGGUUGAUUGUAGUACCCUGUGUGCCAAUCUGACCUGUGUCUCUUGUUCCUCUUUCUAAUUCCUGUUCAAAAAGUAACUGAAAUUAUAUUGUCUUAACAAAGUGAUUUGUUGUCUUUUUGUGAGUAAAUGGCUGGUUGACUUUUUAAAGUAUUUAUUUUACUUUUUAAGAUAUACGCACUUUGAAUGGUACUUUUAAGGUCUUGCACUACCACUGCUGUUUAUAACUGUCUAACCUAACUGUGUUAGUUUCUAUUUGAACGAAUGGUCUGAGUUGAAUUUAACUGAACUGGCUGGGGUCACUACAGCUGUUAAAGUAUGGAUGCUGUUGGGACUGAGGUCCCCUUUUUUACUGUUUGUUUAUCUUUUUUAUAACUGACUGUACAAAAAGAUGUUCUGGUGAAAUGCUUGUAAUUGGCAGUACGAUUUAAAUAGGAACUGCUUAUGGGUUAUCUGCAGAACAUACCCGGUAGAAAGGUUUGUUUUAUUUAAUACCAUAAAAGAGUACAUUUUGUUUUCAUUUUCAAAUAAUUUGCAGUUUUUAAGCUUUAUUUUCACACUUUGGAUAUUUUUUCUGGUUAGACUUGUUCCACAUUAAGUUUUCUUUUCUGCCAAAAACAACACCAAUUCAACUAACACUCAAGGGUGCCUUUAAUACUAUUUGAUAACACCUUGACCAGCAGAAAAUACAUGCAAAGAGCCUGCCUACCUACCUUUCUAUUUGUCACAAAAAAUUACUUCUAAAUCUUAUUCACAACACUUAAUGUACAAUUUAUUAUUUAUGUACUUACUGUCAGAACAAUGAGACAAAUUGUACUUUUGUGUAAGUUAUUUAUGAUCAAGUCAAAUGGCAGUUUUUAAAUACGACAUAUUUCUUUAAGUGGGUGACGGAUUUUACGCUGGGUUUUCUAAAAUGUUAAUGCAUGUCUUCCUCUGUUUAUUCCGAUCUCACUAGAUUGCUCAAAGUGCAUCUGGCUGCAUUUCUGCUGAUAGACUUCUUCAGUUCAUAAUGAAAAUAUAAUCAUAUAUAUUAUGUCAAUACUCAUCCUACAUCCAUUUUUUUUGGUCUUUCUGAUUUUAUUAACUUAAAAAAAAGAGAUGCUGCAGCUUUGACAAUCCAAACUCUGCUGUUUAAAUGUGGGUGUGUUAGCCCUCUUUCCUACAAUUGCCCUGUGAAUAAAGGAGAAGGUCCUCUUUGUUUGAUGUUCUAAUCUUUUUUUAAUAGGAAUUUUAUAAUAAAACAUAUCAUAAAACAUAACUGUGAAUAAUUCUGUUACAGUAACUUGAUACAGAUAUCUGACGCUAAACAUCCAGCCAUCUAUUAUCUCUACCACCUAGUCCUACUGGGGCUGUGGGGGGCUGUCGCCUAUCUCAGCUGACACUGGAUACACCCUGGAGCGGUUGCCAGUCCAUUGCAGGUCCACAUAGAGACAAACAACAACACACACACACAUUCACUAGAAAGGGAAAUUUAGAGUUUUCAUUUAACCUAACAUGCAUGUUUUUGGACGUAGAGAGGAACCCUUUGUACCCAGAGGAAACCCAUGCCCUUUUCACACAGGGAUUCUAUCCAGGAACCAUCCUGUUGUGAGACGACAGUGCUAACCACCAUCCGUGUGUCAAAACAUUUUCAUUUUCA